GGGACACGGGGGACGAGGGGGACACAACCCCAAGCAGCCCCCGCCGCUGGCAGCGCAGGGAGCGAGCGGGAUCAUCCACCGGCACAGCCCUGCUCGUCUGCGAUCCUUCUCUCCUCGUCAGCCAGCAGGGAUUUGCGUUUUGGGGGGAUAUUUGCCCCUCUCGCCCCCUCCCACCCGUGCGGUGCCCUCCCAGUGCUGCUCCCCACCCCGCGCCCUUCCAAAGGCUGGGAACGCGGCGCGGGGAACGGGCAGGGAAAGUUGAGCCCGUGGCGUGUCGCGUGUGCGUGGGGAACCGCCGUCCCCGCGGCUGGAAUCGCGCGUGGUGCCGGAGAGAGGGAGCGCGGCUGAGUUCCCGGGGAGCUUUGUCUGCGCCGGGAGACGCUUCCCAUUUAUUUCUAGGGCAGCCUCCCACGGGAGGUGCAGCUGGAAAAGGGAGGGGGAGAUGGGACCCCCAGACCGUGCUGGGUUUGGGGUGAAAAGGAGGCAGGUGGGAAAUGUCCGGUUUUUUGCCCUCCUUGCCGUGGCUCCUGGCUGUGCCCGUGUCGUGCUCCCGAUGCCAUCCCAGAUUCCCGGCCCCUCCGUGGGUUCCCGGCGUGUGAUCCCAGAUCUCUUUGGGUUCCCGGUGUGUGAUCCCAGCUCUCCGUGGGUUCCCGGGGUGUGAUCCCAGCCCCCCGUGGGUUCCCGGUCUGUGAUCCCAGCCCCCCGUAGGUUCCCGGUCUGUGAUCCCAGCCCCCCGUGGGUUCCCGGUCUGUGAUCCCAGCCCCCCGUGGGUUCCCGGUCUGUGAUCCCAGCUCCCUCUCUGUUCCCGGGUGUGAUCCCAGCUCCCUGCAGCAUCGAGCACCCGGAAAACUCCGCUGAGCCUCUGCUGGGCUGGCGGGGUGUCACCGUCCUGCGGGGCCAGGGAGAAGGGCCAGGGAGCUGCUGGGGGAGACUUGAAGGUUGGCAGAGCCAACCCCGCUCCAGAGGGACGUGGAGCUCGGCUCCGCUCCCUGCCUGGAAUGAGGGUGAGGGGCUCUUCCCCUCCCUGCUCCCGGCGCGAUCCCGGGGAUUGAAGGGGUGCUGUGGGGUGGGGAGGGGUCAGCUGGUGCCUCCCACGCCUCUGUGUGGGGUGGGACACAGGCCCCAGCCCCAGUUUGGGGGUGCCCUCUCCCAGGGAGUGCUGGGGGGCACGAGCUGUGCCCUCUGAGACAGAGAGAAGGGGGCACGAGUGGGGAGACCCCUGGGCAGGGGAGAAAAGGGGGGCUCCAGCCCGGCUGGGGGCCCAGCUGUGCGCAUGCCUGAGGCGGUGCUGGACGUCUCAUGGUGACAUUUUGGGGGGCUGGGACCCCCAGGGGGACAGGGACCUCCAGGGUGCCCCACUGGAGACAUCCAGACUGGGGUCCAGCCGCCCUGCAUGAAAGCAGGCCCCCCCUGUCCCCCAAUUCCUGGUUGCCCCAAAGGCUUUGUGGGUGCGGGGGGGGGAAGCUGCAUCCCCAAAUCCCGAGGAGCCGGAGCACCCCGGUGAUCCAGGGAUGUUGUACCCCCAGGGAUGGGGUGACCACCCAAGGGUGGCCUCGUGGGGAGGAUCCUGGUGCAGAGAACACCCGGCUCUGCACAUCUGGGAUCAUUCCCAAGGAGCCAAAGCAGCCCCCUGGCUCUGGGAGGCUGCGUGUUCCAGAGGGAGCCUUUUUGGGGGGUGAGUUGCAAGAGGAGAAAUAUUUCCCUCUCCCGAAGGUCUGUGGCAGAACCAGCAAAAGAAAACGUGUCUUAGAGCUCGGAAAAGAGGCUGCUGGUGUGGGGAGGAAAAGGGGCCAUCUCCUUGUGUGCUGGCAGAGCCUUGUGCAUCUGCCUGCAAAUCCUCGCCUGCUCCGACACCCCGGAGACUGCCGAGGAUUAGCUUGGAAUUCUCUGCAGAUGUUUUAUGGAUGGGAGUUUAGGGAGGGUGGCUCUAUCAGGCGAGGGUUUCUGGGGGGAAGGGGGGUGAAAAAAUCCCCCCUGGGUCUCGCCCUCCAUGCAGACUCCCCACCCUGUGCCUCGGUGGGGCUGCAGGGCCGGGAAGGGAAGGGGGGGAUCCAGGAAAAACCCACGGAGGUGGCAGCUGGGGCUGAUUCCUGCUGGAUUUGGAGGGACCAGGCUGUGCUGUGCAGGCUGUGAGCGUGAGGAAGGGCUGUGCCUGCCCUGCCUCCUCUGCUGGGGUGGCUUUGUGCUCCGGGCUCCGCUGGCAUUCCCGGCUGGACGGUGUGGGAUGCUGCAGGAACCCUCCCAGGGAGGCCGAGGGGCUCACAGAUCCCUGUUCCCUGCGAGAUCAUGGAAACAAGGUGGAAAAAGCCAGGAGGACGGGGCCAGCUCGCCACCAGCACACAUCCCUGCUGGCUCCCAGCGGGUGGAUUUACUGUUGGGCUUCCCAAUCCGGCACUGGGAUGUGCACGAGGAUAUUCCAGGUGGUCCAGCGCCUUUUGCACCAGGGCAAGGAUGUCUCCCUUCCAUACCUGCCUGCCAGCACCUCUGGUUCCUGCCUGGGAGGCCCAUGGAUCCAGCCAGGAGGCAGGAAUGUGGCUGUUUGGGAAGAGGCUUUGUGGCAUCGGCUGGAGAAGAUGGAAUUUGGAGCUGAGACCUGGCCCAGGGCAGAGGGAUUUGGGAUGAGCACCAGCUGGAUCUGACACCGAAUGGGCGAGGAUGGCACAUGGUGGAGCUGUGGGAUGGCUCUUCAUACCCCCUGGAGCUGUGGGAUGGCUCUCCAUGUCCCCCUGGAGCUGUGGGAUGGCUCUCCAUGCCCUCUGGAACUGUGGGAUGGCUCUCCAUGUCCCCCUGGAGCUGUGGGAUGGCUCUCCAUGUCCCCCUGGAGCUGUGGGAUGGCUCUCCAUGUCCCCCUGGAGCUGUGGGAUGGCUCUCCAUGCCCUCUGGAGCUGUGGGAUGGCUCUGCAUGCCCUGGAGUGGUUGCCCUGCAGCCACAGCAGGCUCAGGCUGUCUGGAUGCCUCAGGCUGGGCUUUCCCAGCAUGUGAAGCUGCAGAGCCCCUUCCAGCAUCAUUCCAAAGCGUGGUGAAGAUCCAGCAUUCCUGCCCCCAGGAGCGUUCGGGGCUGCCUGUUCCUCCUCCAGCAGCCCGGGCCGUGUGCCAGGAGUGUGCCUGCACGGCUCCUGCCUGCCUCCCGUGUGGAAUAUAAUCCUGACAGGCCAGGGAUGGCCUUCCCAAGGUUGGAUCUACCGUGGGUUACCCGGACCCUGCGAACCUGUUUGGGAUCGUCGGCUGAAGACCAGGAGGGAUCUGUGGGAUCUGUUCCUUGCACUGACCACGGGCAGUGGAGCUGUUUCCACCUGGGCUGUUGCUGCUGCCCACCCUGCUCCUUCCCCCUGUCCCCCCCCCAGGGCCCCCCGAGUGUCCCCUCUGGCACAGGACCCAGGGGGACAAAGCUGGGUGUGGCCACCUGCCCCUCUGGCCACUCCUUCCCAUGGGAUGCGGGAGGCAGGGCACAAAUGUCCAGCCCAGGGUGGUGGCAGGGCACAAAUGUCCAGCCCAGGGUGGUGGCAGGGCACAAAUGCCCAGCCCAGGGUGGUGGCAGGGGACAAAUGUCCAGCCCAGGGUGGUGGCAGGGCACAAAUGCCCAGCCCAGGGUGGUGGCAGGGGACAAAUGUCCAGCCUGGGAUGGUGGCAGGGCACAAAUGCCCAGCCCAGGGUGGUGGCAGGGGACAAAUGUCCAGCCCAGGGUGGUGGCAGGGGCCCAGCCCUGCCUGUUGGGAGCCACCCACGUGUCCUGGUGGGCGAGGGGGGGACACGGGUGGCCCUUGUCACAUUCCUGUAGGUGUCACUGUCCCCCUGCCAGACCCGGGCUGGGAAGGGGCUGGGAGCUGGAGGCCGAGAUUCCCACGGGAUGGGAAUAUGGGAAUGCUGCUCCUCACGGGAUGGGAAUAUGGGAAUGCUGCUCCUCGGGGCUCAGGGACAGGCGCUCACCAAGGGGGGUCCCCCUGUCCAUCACCCUCUGGGGGGUGCUGGCGCUGCACAAAGCAGGGCCCCCCCUGUCCAUCACCCUCUGGAGCAGCCCAGGGUGCCCUCCGGGUCCUGCCAUGCCCGUUUUUGCCUGUCCUAGGGCUUCCCCUGGAAUCUGGCAGUCGGGGGGUCGGGAGUGACAGGAGUGCCCACCCUGUCCCUGGUGCAGGCUGGGGGGGCCCAGUGCUACCUGUGCCCAGUCCCCACUGCACCCACAGGGGCUGGGCCCGGGCUUGGCUUGGCAAGGAUCGAUUCCCAAAAGGAAAAGAGAAGGAGAAGACGAUGGGAACGGUGUGAGAGCCGCGGGAACACCGAGGCAGGAGGGGAGGGCACAGAGGCUGGGGCUGAGAGUGGGCACGGGCAGCAGGGACAGUUGCCACCCCGAGGGAUGGCUGGCACAGUGGGGAGGCAGGAGGCCAUCCCAGGGGGAAGAGCCUGUGCCAAGCCACAGCUUCCCUGCCGAGCUCUGGCACUCCCAACCCCGUGGGUCAGACGCCCGAAAAAUCCCAUGAUGGGGCUGAAAACGAUGAGCAGCUCAAAGAAAAGCCCCGAGAGCAGCAUGUGCAGGGAGCUGGGAUGGAAUUCCUGCUUCCCUGGGCUCCGUGGGCUCUGUGUUCCGGGGCUGGGAACACGCCGAGGUCACGGAUUUGCCGGGUUGGUUUAAUACACGUGGGGCUGGAUGUGGAGGGGUUGGGUUAACCCUCCACCUUCUCAUUCCACACCCUGGGGCACCUCUUGGGUUCUGGGGUGCCUGGUGACAUCCCUGGGAGUGUCCAGGGCCAGGCUGGAUGGCGCUUGGAGCAGCCUGGG